AAGGAUUUCCCCCCGUGUAGCCUCACAUGGACUGUGCCCCUAGCCCUGCUCUGCUGUGAGCCAGCGGCCCUACUUACAGGAUGAACUGUCUCGUUUAUGCUCUAGGAUCCCUUUUCCUUCUGAGUGGGCUCCUCCUCCCCAGCUCUGAAGGGAAGAAGAAGGUUAGUGGAUCACAGGGAGCCAUUCCUCCCCCUGACAAAGGGCAGCCCAAUGACUCUGAACAAGGUCAAACACAGCCAGGAGGCCGGGGCCGAGUUAAAGGGAAGGGACAAGCACUAGCAGCUGAAGAAGUGCUCGAGUCCAGUCAAGAAGCUCUACAUAUCACUGAACGCAAGUAUCUAAAGAGGGACUGGUGUAAGACUCAGCCCUUAAAGCAAACUAUUCAUGAGGAUGGGUGUAACAGUCGUACCAUCAUCAACCGCUUUUGCUAUGGGCAAUGCAACUCCUUCUAUAUCCCCCGUCACAUACGCAGGGAGGAGGGCUCCUUUCAAUCCUGCUCCUUCUGCAAACCUAAAAAAUUUACCACAAUGGUGGUCACCCUGAACUGUCCAGAGCUUCAGCCUCCCACAAAGAAGAAGAGAAUCACACGUGUCAAGCAAUGUCGCUGCAUCUCCAUAGACCUGGACUAAUGGUCCCCGGGCCUGUGAGCACUAGAAUAAUGGGAGCUUCGCACUUCGUAUUCAUACCAUUUCUGUCUGUGCCAAGACCAGCAAACCGUGGCCCUCACAGACGUUCAGUUGUGUCCGAGCCACUUUAUGCUUUCAGAGAAAAACAGCUCAUGCUACUACACCAUAGGCAGGAAUCCGAACAAGCAAUAAAUAUAUAGAUUUAGUCCUUCUGUUGAACUAUCCUAAUCAGUGUUGGGUUCCUUAUAUUUUCUAGGGAAUAUGGAGGCCUGCAAAGCGAGUAUCCAUGUAUACAUUGUGUACAUAUAUAUUAUUUAUUCUCACGUGUGUGUUUCUGUGCACAUGAAAGAGCAUGAGGGAAGGAAGCCAAGGCUGUUAAUAUCUGGACUUGCUGUUAAGCACUAGGAGUUAAUGAAUUGUGCAUGUUACUGGCAUGUAGCAGUGAAUGGCCACUGCAGGAGACCCAUUAUUAAGGCAACAUGUAACUUUCUGACUUUGCAAGGUUCACUGUGGGUAAACAUGCCUUAAGAACAAUACAUUCUCUUUUCCAUGGGUUAAUCUGCCAGGAACCAGAAAAAUACGGCAGUGUAUAAAUUCAGUUCGAAGACAGAGGAUGCCAUGUUAGGCAUGUACAGUCUGAUCAUCUAAAUAUAUCUUCUCAAACUGU